AUGUCGGCGCCGCGAAAACCGGGGGUCCGCCACCCCAAAUACGCCAUCAUCAGCCUCGGCACCGAGCCUGACAUCCAGACGCUUUUCGGGAAAUUGCAAGAGCUCGGCUACUACGAGAUCUCAUUCGUGCACAGCCUCACCGAUUCGCCGUAUUACAUCCAGGAGGAGGCGGCGGCGCGGAAGCGACGGAAAGUGAUCGAAACAGAGGUGAAACGAGAUGCCCUCUCACCGCACAACUCUUGCACCCCGGCUUCCACAUCGUUUGAGACCGACCUUGACGGAGCUGUUCCUACCACUUUUGACACGACCACGGAGGAAAAGCCGUUGGCCCGGAUCGAAAUCGUCGAAAAGGCGCUGAACCUUGGGAAUUUGGGCGCGCUCGCCGGGGAUGAAGAUGAAGGCGAGUCAAUCCCUGAGCCCGAGUUCGAUGAGGAGCCUCAAAUCUCGGAUGCACUGAUUCAACAGCUGUUCGACAAGCCCGAGUCUAGUCAUGGAUUUUCAAGGGACCGAGACUACAAGUAUAAACUCGAAUCGGGCGUCCAGGAUUGUCAGGAAUGCGGCCGCCAGUUCUUCCAAAGCCAAUUCAAGAACAUCCUUGCCCACGCCAAGUCGCACUACCAGGUGAAGCCGUGGGGCUGCCCGUGUUGCUCGGCGCAGGCUGGGGACAGUCGCGAGAUGCGGCUUCAUAUCCGGCAGCACCAUCCGGAAGUGAAAAACCCGAUGCCGGUCAGCAAUGGAAUAGCCACAACGCGUCUGCGCGGUGCCUGGGCCCAGGUUGCUCGUCGCUGCUUCCCAAAACUCGCCGCCCGCAUCGACAAAUGGGAGCUAAACGUCUGCCGGCUGAAGCCCAAGGUUAAGGAGGAUCCGGUGAGUAUCCAUACCUUUUUC